ACUCUGUCUUUCUCUGUGUCUCUGCCACUAUCAUUCACGUUGACGUGCCGUAUCUUUUCUCACGGACCACUUAUGCAAUUAUGAGCAGAAUGUGCGCAGGUGCCAACAAGGGUCGAAGGUAUUCACUGUAGCUACCUUCCUUGGAUUUCAUUUUCUUUUGUUCCUUAGCGCGUUCUGCUUUUGCAUUCGAUGCUGUUAUUUCUGUACUCAACCUGUCUCUUUCACUCUGUUGCUCUUGAUGCUCCCAUAUUCCUAAAACGAACGAUAGAACAUCAUAGAAGAUAUUCGCAGUGACCCUAGACAGAUGGAGUCGAGCGCCGUCCGUGGCAGAGUCUCGGAGAUCCAAGGCAACAUUUUCGAUGCACCAGACGGAACAGGACUGAUCCAUGCAUGCAACUGUCGUGGUUCCUGGGGCAAGGGAAUAGCAAAAGCUUUCCGAGAAAGAUACCCUGCCGCAUACGAGAUCUACCGCUCCCAUUGUCGAAGAUGUUCAUCUGCUCCCAGAUACAAUACUGUUCUGAUUGAUGGAGGGGCGCGAAAGAUUCGAGUGCCAGAAGGCACGGCUCUCAUCAUUCCACCUCAGAAGAAAGACUAUGAAGCUGGGAUUAGCAAGCGACACUGGAUCAUUUGCCUUUUUACGUCUCGCGGCUUCGGGAGGAUGGUCAGCCCUGAGGACACAAUCUUGGAGAAUACCGGACUUGCUGUCGCAGAUAUGCAGAGACAACUUGAUCAGCUUGAGGGUCUUUCAGAGCUUUGGUCCUGUCAGUUCAACUCUGGGUUAUUUGGCGUUGAGUGGGCUCGUUCGAAAGAAAUUCUGAAGAGCUCAGGACUCAAGGUUACUGUUGUGAAACCGAAGGAGGAGUGA